UUUGUAGUAAAGAGGCACACUGGGCGCUGGCUGCUUUGGUUGGGGAGGAUGCUCUGCCUCGUUACAAAUUGACGAGAGGAUAUGCUCGUUUGACCCGAGACAGGAUCGGUGAGAGUGAGAGAACAGCAUGUCUUGGAGAGAUUGUGUCGGCUUGCACCGACUUGGGGUCGGGGGCAUAUGUAUUAUACGAUAGCUGGCUGGGACCGGCCAACAUUGGCAAGAUCCUCGCCGUCGGUGUGACAUACAUAGAGCGAGCUCGGUACCCGAAUCAGGAUUCCUCCAUUUACACCACGGUCCCGUGGAAAGGUCGAGCCAUGAAGGCUUUGGAAUCUGAGAACGCGGUCACAGUAGCCCUCAUGAUCUUGGAAACAGUUCUUGAGCUCAUGGAGGGUGAGUGA